AUGUACGCCAGCGACACCAAGAAGCAACACAGCGAGCCGAAUCUCAGGAGUUGCGGGUCCGUCUUCGCUUCUGAUCAUACUGACGCUCCAAAGGAUAUUGUACAAGAGAGCAAUGGUGAAUUCCUGCGGAUCCGGGUUGAGCAUGACCCGCCGUGGCAAGUGAGAAUCGGGCAAGAUGAGGAGCAACGAGCCUACGCCGUUACGCGC